AUGCACCACUCGUUUUUUCUCCCCAAUUCCUCCCUCUACACUGGCCCGCACGGGGAGCCCCCGCUGUCACGCACAGGCUUCGUGAUCCUCUCCGUGGUGAUGGCCCUUUUCACCGGGCCGGCCAUCGUUCUCAACGCUACAGUGAUCAUUGUGUCCCUCAUGCACAAGCAGCUGAGGCAACCGCUCAACUACGCUCUGGUGAACAUGGCUGUGGCAGACCUGGGCACGGCCAUGACCGGGGGGGUUCUGUCUGUAAUCAACAACGCCCAGGGGUACUUCUCCUUUGGAAGAACAGGCUGCGUGAUGGAGGGCUUCGCCGUGUCCUUGUUUGGCAUUACAUCAUUGUGCACCGUCGCCCUGAUCGCCGUGGAGAGGAUGUUUGUCAUAUGUAAACCUUUGGGGCAGAUGACCUUUCAAAAGAAGCACGCAUGCAGGGGCAUCACGUUGGCCUGGCUGUGGUCCCUAAUGUGGAACGUACCCCCGCUUCUGGGCUGGGGCAGGUACGAGCUGGAGGGCGUGGGGACGUCCUGCGCCCCGGACUGGCACAGUGGAGAACCUCACCAUGUGUCCUACAUCCUGGUUUAUUUCGCCGUUUGCUUUGCUCUUCCUUUCGCCAUCAUCUUGAUGUCCUACUCUAAAUUAUUGUGGACGUUGCAUCAGGUAUCAAAGUUGGCCUGCUUGGAAGGCGGCGCGGUGGCUAAAGCGGAGCUGAGCGUGGCGUCCAUGGUCAUCAUCAUGGUCCUGACCUUCUUAAUAAGCUGGAUGCCUUAUGCUGGCCUGUCCAUGCUGGUGGUCUACAACCCGAAAGUAGAGAUAAACCCACUGGUGGCAACAGUGCCCGUUUACUUGGCCAAGAGCAGCACCGUGUACAAUCCUAUCAUCUACAUCUACUGUAACAGACAGUUCCGUAAGUACGCAGUGCCUUUCCUCCUGUGUGGCAAGAUGCUGUGGGUGGAAGAUGAGGCAGCAGAGGCGACCACCACGGUGGAGAUGGCAAGCAACACCGUAUCACCAGCCUGA